GCGUCCUUUUACUGCGAUGUGCGUCAUGUCCGUUGUCAGGUGGUGCUGCUAUGGAAAGAUGUGAUCUGUGGUUCGAAAGGCGGAGAAUUUUCCUGAUCGUUCAUUUCACUAACAAUUAGAAAAAGGGUAGCCUAAGUUCAGAUCGACCCCGUACGGGUUGUUGGCUUUCUAGGUGGGGGGGAGAGGUACCUUUUUAUUGUACAUAACCGCGGAAACCAUGCCUGGCUUGUAGAGAGCUCCUUUCACCCGGCUGCGUUUGGCGGAAGUGUUGCUUUAGGAUGCUAAAGCGGAGAGCACCAGACAGAGGCGCUGGAGAAACAUCAGCCAGGGCCAGUAAAGUUCUUUGUACUGGUAUUGCUGGGAACAAUGCUAAGAGAGCUGGGCCUUUUAUACUAGGGCCUCGAUUAGGCAACUCUCCUGUGCCAAGUAUAGUUCAGUGUUUGGCAAGAAAAGAUGGCACUGAUGAUUUUUAUCAGCUAAAGAUUCUUACUUUGGAAGAACGGGGUGAGAAAGGAGUAGAAACGCAAGAAGAACGUCAGGGAAAAAUGUUGUUGCAUACAGAGUACUCCCUGCUGUCUUUGCUUCACAACCAGGAUGGUGUUGUCCAUCAUCAUGGCUUGUUCCAGGAUCGUGCUUAUGAAAUUGUUGACGAUCAUGAAGCCAACAAAUUGGUUCGAAAAAUGAAGAAGCGGAUCUGUUUAGUAUUAGACUGCCUUUGUGCCCAUGAUUUCAGUGACAAAACAGCUGACCUCAUUAAUCUACAGCAUUAUGUUAUUAAAGAGAAGCGACUAAGCGAAAGAGAAACUAUCAUAAUAUUCUAUGAUGUGGUACGAGUUGUAGAAGCAUUACAUAAGAAAAAUAUUGUUCAUAGGGACUUGAAGUUAGGGAACAUGGUGCUAAAUAAAAGGACUCACAGGAUAACCAUCACCAACUUCUGCUUAGGAAAGCACUUAGUUAGUGAAGAUGAUCUACUUAAAGAUCAGCGUGGGAGCCCUGCAUACAUUAGUCCUGAUGUACUCAGUGGUCGACCAUACAGAGGAAAACCAAGUGACAUGUGGGCUCUAGGGGUAGUACUAUUCACCAUGUUAUAUGGACAGUUCCCAUUUUACGAUAGUAUACCUCAGGAAUUAUUCAGGAAAAUUAAAGCUGCAGAGUAUACUAUUCCAGAAGAUGGUCGUGUUUCUGAAAACACAGUUUGUCUGAUUCGAAAACUCCUCGUCCUUGAUCCUCAGCACCGACUCACUGCAGCAGGAGUUUUGGAUUCGCUCAGUAACAUUAUUGCUUCAUGGCAGUCCAUGUCUUCACUCAGUGGUCCUUUGCAAGUUGUACCAGAUAUAGAUGACCAGAUAAGCCAUUCUGAUCAUCCGCAAGAGGCUAAGGUGACAGAAGAGUCUUCACAGUAUGAGUUUGAAAACUACAUGAGACAACAGCUCCUCCUGGCUGAGGAAAAAAACACUAUUCAUGAAGCCAAAAACUUUAUUCAUAAAAGGCAGUUUGGCAACAUUCCACCUGUCCGGCGACUAGGACACGAUGCUCAGCCUGUGAGCCCUUUGGACGCUGCCAUUCUUGCCCAAAGAUACUUGCGAAAGUAAGCCAACAGGUCUCAAAAGGCAGCACAAAAAUGUAACGUUCAAACAUCCAUCAUAACUUAAUGAACUUACAGAGCAAUACAGUGUUCUGCAAUAGAGAGUAAUGUAGCAGCUAACCCUCCAGAAGGGGAAAACCGUGAUUUGAUCAUCCUUUUUCAUUAAAAGAAAAGAAAAAAAAUAAUAAUUUUUUUGUGGUGACAAAAAACAAAUUAUUUAGAUUAACUCUUCAAUUGUGACAUUAAAUCUACCUCUCUUCACCAUAACCAACGACACAGUCCCUCAUUAAAGGAAUGAUGAAAUCAUACCAGACGACGUCAUGUUUGGCAGAAGCAUUAUUGUUGGUGCAUAUUGCAGUAUGGAGAAGAGUCCAUGUUUUCUCCGUAUGGUCUUGAUAAGCUUACUUUUUUUAAUCAACGUAGCAGUUUUUCUUCAUUUUGGCAAAUGUUUAAGACGUGUUUUCCAAAAAAAAAAGAAAAAACCUCCUAUUCAAGCUGUCGAUUGUGGGAACUUUGAAAUAUCUUGAUUUUUUUGUUUUGUUUUCCCCCAUUGAAAAGAUAUGCCAUAAGUUGUUUUGUGAUGGUUUUAUAUUGAUUUGCUAAAUUACCAAAUUACAUAUCUUGUUUAGAAAAUUGCUUUUUGAGAUGUUUUUGCCAAGAUGUUUAAGUUUAAUACCUUUGAGUUUAAGUGGGCAUACAAUAUUUCUGCUUAAUAUGAAUUUCCUUUUUUAAGUUUACUUUAUGUAUAAUUUUGGUGCAAAUCUAAUAUAUUCAAUGUGGAAAUUAAAGGUUUCCUGUAAAGACUUAAUCCUAACCUAGGCUAGAUUUUAUUUUUCUUCCAUUUUUUUCCCCCCCAUUUUAAAUUUACAAAGCUCAUUGCCCUAUAAGGUGGACUUCAAAAAGCAAAGAGCAGUUCUGUUCAGCUCCUCAAGGAGAGGAACUGGCAAAGUUCACACGAAUGUCCAGUGAUGCGUAUGUCCCGGGUUGGUGCCAGUCUGUGCUUCUGUGGUGUUUGACGCCAGGCACUUACUAAAGUGAGUGACUCGUUUGGGGCAAACCGCCCACUUUGCAUUCAGCAUGGCAUGGUUGGAAACUUUUGUUCUUUAGUCAAGUAUAGCUUUAAAUUCACUUGUUUUUGGGGGGUCUCCCUCAUUUCUGUUUCUCCAAGGGACACGUUCAAAGGAAAAACAAACAUUGUACUGAAAGGGUCAGCUGUUAACACUAUUUUUAAAGUGAAUGCCUUUCUUGCCACAGUCCAGUAUGUGAAAAAGCUAAGCAUGUACCUAUUCAAUUUCAUCCUUCCCUUGAUCGUUUUUUAAUUUUUGUUUUGAUACUAAGAAAUACAUUUUAUUAACAGGUCUUUAAGCGUUCAUUUUUUGACUGCACGUAUUCUGCAGACACUCUUAUGAAAACUCAUACCUCAACCCUUUUAGUAACAAAAGGCAUUUUCAUACAGUCUGUGUUUUAAAAUUUUUAUAAAUUUAUUAAUUGUUUUCUAAACUUUUUGGUUUUCAAGGAUGAAUAGCACAUCACCAUUUGCCAUGUAACUGGCUUGAUGUCGAUCUCAGUUGACUGACUUGUAUGCUAGCUAUAUGAAUAUGUAAUUUCCACGCGCCUUGUCAGAGUAUAAUAAUAUUGCCACAUUUUGACAAGACUUUCGUGAAGUGAUGUUUAGCACGGCCACCAAGCUUAUCCUUAACUGAAUUACCUGAAGAUGUACCCCCUGGGGCUGUCCCGAUAAGACAGACACUUGAAUAAGUGCCGAAGGUCUUACUUGAAGACGAUGUUUGCAUUCUUGUGGUGAACAUCUUGGUUGCCCUCAUGUUAACAAAGCCAAAUACGUGUGCCGUGGUGUCACAUAUCACUUCAUGGAAGCGGGUCAUACUGUGGCAGCGGGUUCUCUUGCAUAUAGUAAAUUCAUUGUAUUGCGUAUAUUUGCUUUGAAGUUUGUUAUUUAGCCUGUAUGACAUUUGUUUGUUGUCACAAAUGUUUUAAAAAGAUGUGUAAAAGCAAUCUCUAGAGCCAUAACUGAAGACGUAACUGAAACCUGUUAAAUGAUUAUUGAUCAAGAAAAAGUAAUUCUGUGAACUAUAAAUGCUGUUACCUACCUUCUGCUUACUUGUUUUUAAAUUUAAUUUUAUUGUCUGUGAACUUUUUCUUUUUUAAGUGUUUUUAGUUCUGUUUUCAGGUCCUGUGUGGUUAUUGUCUUUAUAGAAUGACCAAGUCUUGUACGUUGACCCUCGCACCAAUGUAAAACUUCAGACUGCACAUAUUUAGCGUUGUGCAGCCAUAAACUUAAUUUUGAACAAACACUUCACACCAUUCAUAGCUUGUGAAAAGUAAAGUAAAAAUCGCAGAUCUAUUAGCAUUAUCAUCGCAUCAUGAGUAUGAAGUAGCUUUAUUUUCAAAUGUUAAAUCAUUAAAGUGUACAAACAACACCCAAAAAUGAUGCGGUGCAGGAUUGGGUUAGGGUGACGCUGGCACCCUCUGUAAUUUAGACGCCAUCUAGCAGUGAAGAAUUUUUCAACUCCAUUGUGACUGAAAAGAAAGUCCAAAUGUCUUGGUAAGCUUUGUUGCCCUUUUCUGUUUUUUUUUUUUGUAUGUUUAUUUUUAUUUUAAAGAGCGAAAGAAUGUUAGAGAAGCACAGUCAUUGGUGUAUUAAAGUACAGAAGCUUCAUAACAUGUGGAUGCUGUGGUCCUGGUUUUACUUCCUAGUCUUCAUGACCUACAGUAUGUAACACUGUGUAUUUGUAUUUUUAAUAUGUGUGUGUCUUCUGAGAGGGAAAAUCCUGUGUUGUGGUUCAAACCUACGGGUGAAGGUAGGAUGUCAUUUUAGUACUUUCAAAAGCAUGAAAUUGGACUGAAUAAAAUGUCUGAAUAUGCCAGGGUCGUAGCAUGUGAAUGACUCCCGGAAUGCACUACGUGGUGUAACCAAAAAGGUGAUGAAACAUAUUGUCAAUAUUUAAAAGUUCUUUUUAUUGAUCUUAUUAAGAAAACAGAUGUAUGCUAUUCCUAAGGCUAACAUUUAUUUUGACUGGAAUUGCAAUACUGGUGCAGGACAAAGAGGGGGAGAAAAAACAAAAAAAGUAUUGUUUAUUAGAGCUGCUUGGGUGUGUCUUUUGAGAGAUGUACUGUUAGAAAGAAACAUUAUGAAAAGACAAACACAAAUAAUUUGUAUGAAAGACAUAUUUUUGUACUACAUCAAUCCUUUCCAUGCAUGUCAGCAAUAAAGAAUUUAAUAUAGUGUAAA